UUUCCCGUCCUCCUCUGCGUGAUGAGAGGCUCGAAGCGCGUGUCUGGCGUCUUGCGGCGAUUAGUUCGCUCUCUUUACUUUCGAAGAUGACGAGGCUGGCCAUCAUUUGUUCCUGCUUUUGGCCCGUCUGGCAGUCCAUUGGGACCCGCUACUACUUUAGUCUGUCAGUCAGUCUGUGCUACCAUCCUCACGAGGUCGGUCAUACUCCCACAGCUCCCUUAGCCAGGACCCGAGUAGGUCACGCAGACGCGGCUGUUCGUCAGCAUGGGGGUCAGGGCCACCCCUGAACCCUGCCCAGCGCCUGCUUUGUGGUUUUUUCUGCAGUACAGUGGAUACAAUUUGUUAUGGCUACUCUGAGUGUUAUAGGCUCAAGUUCACUUAUUGCCUAUGCCAUAUUCCAGAAUAUACAGAAAUCUCCAGAGAUAAGGCCACUCUUUUAUCUGAGCUUCUCUGACCUUCUCCUGGGGAUAUGCUGGCUCACUGAGGCACUUCUUUAUGGAACUUCAGCAGCCAAUAAGGACAUUGUCUGCUAUAACUUGCAAGCAGUUGGACAGAUAUUCUACAUUUCCUCAUUUCUUUACACCGUCAAUUACAUCUGGUAUCUGUACAAAGAGCUGAGGAUGAGACACAACCAGAGCGGACAGAGCACAUUUCCGUUGGUUAUAGAUUAUACUUGUCACGUUGGUCAAAUGGCCAUCAUUUUGUCAAGCCUGAUACCUCUGCUGUUGAUGAUACCUGUAUUCUGUCUGGGCAAUGUUAGUGAAUGUUUCCACAACUUCAGCCAGAGCCACAGGUGUAUUCUGAUGUACUCCCCACCAUCAGUCGUGGCUGAACUGCCUUCUGCCAACACAUCAGUCUGUAGCACACUUUAUUUUUAUGGGAUCACCAUUUUCCUGACCACCUUUCUCUUCAGCCUCCUCACCAUUGUGGUCUUACUCAUCCAAGCGCAGACUCUGUAUAAGAAGUUUGUGAAAUCAACUGGCUUCCUGGGGAGUGAACAGUGGGCAGUGAUUCACAUUGUGGAGCAGCGAGUACGCUUUUACCCAGUGGCCUUCUCUUGCUGCUGGGGCCCAGCUGUCAUUCUGAUGAUCAUGAAGUUGACUAAGCCACAGGACAUGAAACUUCACAUGGUCCUCUGUGUUCUCCAGGCUCUAACAGCAUCAUCCCAGGGUCUGCUCAACUGUGGAGUAUAUAGCUGGACACAAUACAAGUUCUACCAACUAAAGCAACAGGCUCGGCGUGAUGCAGACACCCAAACACCAUUAUUAUGUUCACAGAAGAGAUUCUAUAGCAGGGGCCUAGAUACAGUGGAGUCUACCCUUGGUUUUGCUACCAGCCCUCCACCAUUCUUUGAAACUGUAAUACUGGAACAUCCAGGAACCAGAAUUAUUCCACACUAAUGGAUUGAGAAGAGUGUUGGGAAACAUCUCAAGUCUUUUCCAACCAUGCCUUAAACUAUGGAAGUGAAAGAGGAUGUAGUGCUGUGGUUAGUAGGUUUUCUUGUUGAAUUGGGCAGGAUCUCUGUUAUUCUCAGAUUCACUAGUAAUUCUUCAAGUCUUUGUUCAGAGAGGUGAAGCCACUUUCCUUCUAAGAGAUAGACUCCUAUCACCUCAGUGAAUACUAGAUUUGUUUAAAUCUCUUCUAGAUAAGUUCCAGGUUAUUAUUUAUAUGUGCCAUUUCCAGGCUCUCUACUCCAUGGUCGUGGGGGAAGUAGGGUGGCAUGCAGCAGCUUGCUCAGAUUUUGCUAGUAUUGUUAUUCUCUCUGUGGUUGGACAAAGAAAGUCCUGGGUUUCUGUUCUUUGAAGAGUUUUUGAAACUUAAAAGAAGCAAGGACAGUAACUAUCAAAAA